CAGCGCACGCGGGCACAGGCGAGCGGCUCGUGAUUAACCUGACAUCUCACAGGUCCAGCUGCGAAUGUCCAACACUUUUUUGUGUUUGCAGUUGAUUCCAACUUUUAUGAGGGGAAACCGUCCAGUCAGAAGUCCUUAUUACCGUUAGAGUGAACGUAAAGGAAGGUCCAUUAAAAGUGGCCCAUUCAAAAUGGAAUUACCGGUACUGGUUUUAGCGGCGGUCCUGUCGUUUGCCACCAGCUCUAAACUGAAUGUGCCGCGCCUUCGCCUGUCUUAUAAAGAUCUGCUGGCCACAAACCGUACCUCUAUCUUCAGCGGUUACCAUGGCGAUCUGCACUUGUCGGCUGUAUUUUUGGAUGAAUAUCAUGACAGGCUUUUCCUGGGAGGGAAAGAUGUUUUGUACUCACUGAGACUGGAUCACACGCAUGAUGCUAAAGAGAUCCAUUGGCCUUCGUUGCCUGGUAACCAUGAGGACUGUAUUCUCAAAGGAAAGGAUCCUGAGAUGGAGUGUGCUAACUUUGUACGACUGCUGCAGACAUUUAACCGCACUCACUUACUGGCCUGUGGAACAGGAGCAUUCCAACCUGUGUGUGCAUAUGUGUAUGUCGGACACCGCGGAGAGCAUGUGUUCAGUUUGGAUCGUACCACAGUGCAGAACGGGAGGGGCAAAUGUCCCCAUGACCCCAAACUACCCUUUGCAAGCACCUUCACAGGUGGAGAGCUGUACACAGGUCUGACUGCAGAUUUUCUGGGCAGAGACUCUGUGAUUUUGAGGAGUUUAGGGACUCGUUCACCAACAAGAACAGAGACAGAUCAGAGAAUCCUACACGAGCCCAGGUUUGUUGCGGCCCACCUCAUUCCUGACAGCGCAGAUAGAGAUGAUGAUAAAAUUUAUUUUUUCUUCACUGAAAGAGCAACUGAGACUGCAGAGAGAGAUGACGAAGUAGCCAUACACACACGCAUUGGACGAGUGUGUGCGAAUGACGUGGGUGGGCAAAGGGUUCUGGUGAAUAAGUGGAGUACAUUUAUUAAAGCCAGACUGGUGUGUUCUGUUCCUGGACCUCACGGCAUCCAAACACACUUUCAUCAGCUGGAGGAUGUGUUCCUGUUAAGAACUAAAGAUGAAACUAAUCCAGAGAUCUACGCGAUAUUCAGCACCAUCAGUAAUGUGUUUCAGGGAUAUGCAGUGUGUGUGUAUAGUAUGGCUGAUAUCCGUGAGGCCUUUAAUGGGCCGUUUGCUCAUAAAGAGGGUCCGGACUAUCAGUGGGAACCUUAUGAAGGACGAGUCCCUUAUCCACGACCAGGAGUGUGCCCCAGUAAGAUCACAGCCCAGCCUGGCCGUGCGUUUCGCAGCAUGCUGGAGUUUCCAGACGCGGUGCUGCAAUUCGCAAGAACACACCCACUCAUGUGGCACCCCAUUUACCCCUCACAGAGGCAACCCUUGCUGCUCCGCACUGGUGCCCCCUACAGACUCACACAUAUUACUGUUGACCGCACUCAGGCUGAGGAUGGAAACUAUGAUGUCAUGUUCAUUGGCACUGACAUCGGGACAGUGUUAAAGGUCAUCGUACUAGGAAACGGCAACUCUCUCACCACUGAGGAGAUCACACUGGAGGAACUGCAUGUGUUUAAGGUACCCACUCCCAUAACCUCUAUGGACAUAUCUGCAAAGAGGCAAACUCUAUUUGUGGGCUCACAGACAGGUGUUGUCCAGGUGCCCCUGCACCGCUGUAGUAUGUAUGGUAAAGUGUGUGCCGAGUGCUGCCUGGCUCGAGAUCCCUACUGUGCCUGGGAUGGACACACAUGCACACGCUACCUGCCGAACACAAAACGCCGCUACCGGAGACAAGACAUCAAACAUGCAAACCCAGUGGUGCAAUGCACAGACCAAAAUCUCAGUGUGGAGGAUCUGGAUUUGUCAAAAGAACAGGUAGUUUAUGGCACUGAGAACAACAGUACCUUCCUUGAGUGUGUCCCCCGAUCGCCACAGGCCACCGUCACCUGGCAUAUUCAGAGAGAUGACUACUUACAGGAGGUGGUAUUAGAUGAACGUAUCAUUAAUACGGACAAUGGUUUGUUAUUCCGGCACGUGCUACGUCAGGAUGAAGGUAUUUAUGUGUGUCGUUCUCGGGAACAUGGAUUUACACAAACCCUCUCUCGCUUCUGGUUGGACGUCUUACAUGCUGACACCCUUUCAGACCUCCUGUCACGUGACAGCAAAUAUAAGGUGUGGUCACCAUGCCCUGCCAACAUAGGCCCCGCCAAUCGUGGUCCAGCAAGGGCAUGGUUUAAGGAUGUCUUGCAGCUGAUUGGUCCUUCAAACCUGCCGCAGAUGGAGCAGUACUGCGAGCGUGUUUGGUGUAAUAAGAAGCUAAGGAGGAAACAUAAAAGCAUGAUGGACAAAUAUCGGCAAGUGCAGGACUCUGUGCGGAAAGCACAGAUCCAAAAGAGCACGGGAGAGCGAAUCCGCUCUCCAAGGGACCUCCAUACAGCUGAGUAAAAUGCACACCUCAAGCAGGAUGGAGAAAGUAGGACUUCCAGUGGAAAGUGGACUUUUAGCCCUAUGCUCUUACACACAAAUGAACACACACUUUGUGAUGAUGUAAAAUAUUGUAGGCAUUGUUGUGUUUCUAACGGUGCAAAUGUUGUUCUUGUUAAGGCCUAUUCAUACCAAAUGCCAAACAAAAAUGCAAAAUGAAUCACAGACGAAAGGUCUAUUCACAGGUAGACUGAGACAAAUAUUCAGCAGGUGGUGCUGACUGAUUAACAAAUUUGCUCCGGUAUAACAGAUUACACAUGCACCUUUAGUUUUUUCUGCUGUUUUAAAUGAAUGUUUUAUUUUUUAUUAAAUUAAACCAAGAUGAGGCAUUUGACAAAAGUAAAAUCAUUUGCAGAUACUGUAAUGGAAUUCUUUGGUGUCUCUUUUCAUUCCUGUUACCAUGGCCGCAAGCCCCCAUCACCCCACAGUACACCGUGGCUAAUGUCUCACUUAAGUAUUUAACAGCUGCAAAAGUUUUUUUUACUGGAACAAAUGAGGGUAGACAGGAUGGGACUGGUUGGCUGUUUUUAAUUAGUUUGGAGAGCUGCCACUGCUAUAACAGGUGUAAAAAAACAUACAUUCUUUUAAGAUGUGUUUGGCCAUGAUAAAACUGGGCACAAUGCUCAAACAGAGACUUUUACUCAAGUGGCUGUGCUCAGCAAAGCUUAGCUUGCCAGUGUAUUAAGCUGUAAAGAAAUAAAAUGUGUGGACUAAUUAAAAUAUUUUUCUUGUAACUAAAUCAUAGGUUGACAACUGUUGAGACUUUAACAGAAUUUUUUUUAUUUUAUUAUUAUCUCUGAAACACUAUAUGAUUGUGAUCAUGAGCUACAGAACUGUACAGCCUUUUUUCUCUUUUUUUUUUUUUGCAAUGUAAUGUUUUUUUUUUUGUUUGUUUGUUUUUUUUUUUUACACCAUAUACUGUAUAAAGCUUUAUAACUGAUGCAGAGCUAGAGAGCUCCUCAAAAUUGACUAGGAUUAGCCAUAGACUGUUAAUUGAUCCUAAAGCUGCAUGUGCUUUGAGGCUUCAGUAUAGCCUUAUCACUGUUUUCUUUUUUUUUUUUUUU